UGGUGUUAGAUCAGGUCUCAGAUCAGUUUUAGUUUCAGUCGGUUCAGAGCCAAACCGAGCUCCUGAUCUGAAGCCUGCAUAACCAGCCAGAGCCGCAGCGACAGCUGCUUUACGGCAAACAGCUGAUGGGCGUGAGGCGGAAGAGGAAGAAGAGAAAACAAACUGCGCAUCAGAAAAUAAGAGAGGCGCUGAGUGAUCGAUAUUUAUCAGUAAUAAAUAUCAGAAACAUAUCCGAUCAGGGCGAGGAGAGAUGAGUCGCGCAGGCGCAGAACUGAGGAUUAUCUUCAGCCCGGGCCGCGUGCAGCUAGUUCAGGAGGAAGCAAUGGGCCCGGCUCCGAGGGUCCUGGUUACCGGAGCAACAGGUCUUCUAGGUCGAGCCGUUUGCAGAGAGUUUCAGAACAACGGCUGGAUGGUUAUCGGGACCGGAUACAGGAGAGCCAGGCCUCGCCUCCUACGCUGUGACCUCACAGACGAGGACGCCGUCAAAGGACUACUGCAAGAGUAUAAGCCUGACGUGAUCGUCCACUGUGCAGCUGAGAGACGUCCAGAUGUUGUGGAGAGACACACUGAAGCAGCUGUCAAUCUCAACGUGCACGCCACGAGCACGCUCGCCAAGGAGGCAGCUGCCAACAGAGCGCUCUUCCUCUACAUCAGCAGUGACUACGUGUUUGAUGGGAGGAAUCCUCCGUAUGGAGAAGACGACAGUCCGAAUCCUCUGAACGUUUAUGGACGCAGCAAACUGGAGGGAGAGAGAGAGACACUGAGACACUGUCCAGGUGCGGUAGUGCUACGGGUGCCGGUUUUGUUCGGAGAGGUGGAGUCUGUGUCUGAGAGCGCUGUGACAUCACUGUGGCUCAAAGUCCAGGAGGCGACGGAGACCUGCACUCUGGAUCACUGCCAGCAGAGGUUCCCCACUGACACCCGGGACGUCGCUGCUGUCUGCAGGAAGCUCUCCGAAAGAGGCAGACAGGACCCGUCUAUCAAAGGAAUCUUUCACUUUUCAGCUAAAGAGCAGAUGACUAAAUAUGAGAUGGCUGUCGCCAUGGCUCAGGCCUUCAACCUGCCGUCCAACCACCUCAUACCUCUGACGGAGCAGCUGGCGGCAUCGACUCUUCGUCCAAUGAACAGUCAGUUGAACUGUUCUCGUCUGGAGUUGCUGAAUCUGAGCGUUGAGCCACGACCAUUCGCCACCGCCAUCACUGACUGUCUGUGGCCGUUCACACCUGACAAACGCUGGAGACAGACCGUCUUCCACUGAAACACAGGCAGGUACACACGCGCAGACAGGUAGACGUUUCAGACUCCGCCCCCAGCAGACUGAUUACAUCAUUGUAAAUGAAGGUGUUGAACCAAUGGAGAGGCUCUAAUAGAAACCCAAGUGAAUCCUCUGAGUCAGCUGUAUGAUGAUGUGUUCUCAUCAUCUCAUACAUUUAUGUCAGCAGGUGUCUCUCAGGUAAAUCCAGCACCUGAAGUGGACCAAAUGAAAACACACUUACUGUUCGCCUGUUGAUUGACCGCUGUAAUAGAACAUGACCAACUCUGGGUGGAGCCUGAGAUGAGACGCAUCAUGUGACAAAAAGCGAGACAGGUACGACUGAGAGACAGACAGGUGGACUGCCAAACAUGCUGCUGAUGCUGAUUUAUUUAAACAUAUUCACAACAUAUCUACAAUAUAUUCACGAUAUAUCUACAAUGUAUUUACAACAUAUUGCCAAUAUAUUGUAAAUAUUUCUGCGAUAUAAUGUAUACCUCCAAUAUAUUUACGAUGCAUUUACAAUAUUUUUUACAAUAUAUUCACAAUAUAUUGACAGUAUAUCUACAAUAUGUUUACAAUAUAUUCAUGAUAUAUCUACAGUAUAUUUACAAUAUAUUGAAAACAUUUCCACAAUAUAUUCAUGAUAUAUUAACAUGUUUAUAAUAUAUCUACAGUAUAUUUGCUAUAUUCCCGAUACAUUCAUGGUAUAUUUACAAUAUAUCUAAAAUAUAUUUACAACAUAUUCACAAUAUAUUUACAAUGUAUCUACAAUGUUCACAGUAUAUUAACAAUGUGUUGACAAUAUAUUUCCAGUUUGCUCAUGAUAUAUUUACAAUAUAUUCACAAUAUAUGUAUGUAGUGAUUUGUCAUUAAACCCUGAGCUCUGUCUGCAGGUUCAAAUUAUUAGAUUACUGUUGUAAUCUCACUGGUGUUACAAACUGGAGUCAUUCCUGUCCCAUCUCCAUACAAUGUGAACAAACUGAGACCAACUGAAUAUACAAAUAUACAGUAUAAACGUCACUGUGUGCAUGAAGUCUUUAUAUAUUUGUUUAGUUUUGGUCUGAAUUACGUCAUCAUUCAAAAUAAAAUCAUUUUUGUGACUGGGUGCAAUACUAAGAUAGCAGUAGCUAUAAUUGGCAGCAGUUUACUGUCUGUACUCUCAGUACUGUACUAAGAGUUGAGGCAUAGCAGCCCGGAGGACAUCAGAGUGACACCACAAAACAUUUUCUCCAUAUAAUCUGAUCCAGUUUUUCUAAAAUCAGCUAAAUAGUUAUUAUAGUUGGUGUGUGAACAGGCGUACAGGGCACAAAUAAAAUGACAGAGAUACCAUUUACCUGAUUACACAUUAGUGUAGCAUCAUAGUAAUUUAAAAUGUUAUUUAUGUUAGUAAAAAUUGCACAAUGUUGCGUUAACUACUGAUUUAUUUUUCAAAACAAAAGUCUGUUAUUAUGUAGAUAAAGAACUGGUUCAAAUCUACAGAGGACAAACUGCUGUUUUCAGGAUGACAUUUAAUUUAAAGUCUGAGAAUUAGACUUGUAUUGUACGUGAUUCUACUUGUUGUUGGCUGUUUGUUGAUGUAAAUGACGUUCACAUUAAACACUCAAAAUACUCAA